CCCACAAAAAAACAUUAAAAAAAAAAAAAAAACUCAUCUUUAUUUUUCUCUUUCAUUCUCUCUCUCUCUCUCUAUCUUUUUCUGUGUUGUAAUUGCCAACCAACAAACCCAAGAGAAGUUUUAUAGGGCUCUGAUCCUCCUCCCAAGUCACUCUUCUUGGUCCUCUCAACAACAACAGAGAGAGAGAGAGAGCACAGAACCAGAAAAAGGACACAAAGCAAGGAUAUUUAGGAUAAAAAGAAGAAAGCCCAUAAAAGUGGGAAACAGAAAUUUACCAAAACAAAUCAAAUAUGAAAUAUGUUAAAGACCAUUCUCUUUCUUUCACCAGGAAGCUCUUACCUUGGACUAUAUACUCCAUUCUUCCUCUAGCAAUUUUCAGAUUAUACUUUUACCCUCUUCAUUUUCCUUCUUCCUCUACUGAUUUUCUUCCCCUUUCUAGUUCCACUACCAUCACCACCACUAACUCUUUCUCUUCCUUUUCUCCUCCACUUUCCCCCCCUUCUUCUUCUUCUUCUUCUUCUUCUUCUUCUCCAGAAGAGGAAAUAGCUAAUGAAUCUCCACCCUGUGACUAUACAAAUGGCAAAUGGGUCCGUGAUAAACUGGGCCCUAUUUACAAUGGCACAACCUGUGGUACAAUCAAGGAUGGUCAGAAUUGUAUCAGCCAUGGCAGACCUGAUUUGGGUUAUCUUUAUUGGAGGUGGAAACCAAACCAAUGCCAUCUACCAAGGUUUGAACCAUUUACUUUUCUCCAAUUGGUUAGGAACAAACACUUAGCACUUGUUGGUGAUUCCUUAGCUAGAAACCAAUUGGAAUCUCUCCUCUGUAUGUUAGCCACAGUUUCGCCUCCUCAUCUUGUUUAUGCACAAGAGGAAAACAAGUUUCGUAGAUGGAGUUUUCCUUCCCACAACGCUAAUAUUUCACUCUAUUGGUCACCUUUCCUUGUUAAAGGUAUUGAAAAAUCAAACAAUGGUCCAAAUCAUAACCAUUUGUAUUUGGAUCAUGUGGAUGAGAGAUGGGCAAAAGAUAUGGAUCAAAUGGAUAUGAUUGUGUUAUCAAUUGGGCAUUGGUUUUUACAUCCUGCUGUGUAUUAUGAGGGUGAUUCGGUUCUUGGUUGCCAUUUCUGCUCUGGUCUGAAUCACACUGAAAUUGGAUUUUAUGAUGUUCUAAGGAAAGCCUUAAAGACUUCCCUUAGAACCAUAAUUGAAAGACAAAAAGGUAAAGAGAUUGAUGUCAUUGUGACUACAUUUUCGCCUUCGCAUUUCGAAGGCGAAUGGGAUAAAGCCGGGGCUUGUCCGAAGACGAAACCAUACAAGGAGAGUGAAAAAUUGCUUGAAGGAAUGGAUGAAGAGAUGAGGAGGAUUGAAUUGGAAGAAGUUGAAGAAGCAAAAUUAACUGGUAAACAAAAUUUGGGUUUGAAUCUAGAAGCAUUGGAUGUGACCAAAUUGUCUUUGUUGAGACCAGAUGGUCAUCCUGGUCCUUAUAUGUAUCCAUUUCCAUUUGCUAAUGGAGUUCCAGAUAGAGUACAGAAUGACUGUGUCCAUUGGUGCUUACCUGGGCCUGUUGACACUUGGAAUGAGAUAUUCUUAGAAAUGAUGAAGAUAUGGGAAAUGAGUAGAAGAAAGGCAGGACAAUGAGCUAUUAGAAUGUGGAAGAGGAGACAGAAUUUGAGGAGGACAAAACGAUUGGUUUUGGUUUUUCUGGUUUUGUGGGCUAUCUGAAGAGAAUUAGGAGUUUGGGGGAAGAAGAAGAAGAUUUAUUGAAGAGAGAGAUUUUUUUAUUUUAAAUUGGAGAAUGGUACAGAAAAGUUUUAUAGCUUCAUUGGCGGUUUAGUUGUUUGUUUGUGAAUGAAUUUAAUUCAUAAUGUAAAGCAUGCCACGUUUUCUGCAAUUCUUUGUCAGCCUUCAAUUUUGUCUGCUUGGGAGGUGGAAUUUGUUUGGAUAUGUACAGUAUGUUUCUUUUGUUUCAACUUCCUUCUUCUUGUGUUUUCCAUCUCUCUUAAGAAUAAUAAUGAAAAAAUUAUCUACCAUUGGAAAA